AGCCAUCACAACGCAGAGUUGGCCCAUCCAUCGCUAGCCUCAACCACUGCCACCAGCCCGGCUGAGGUGGGCCGGCGUCUCCGAGACGCCCUUGGCCGACGCCGGCGACGCUUCAAUCGCACCCACCACAGUCGACUGAUCCAUGGCAACCUUUGUCGUCGGCCGGAGCGUCCGAUACGCCGGCGAAUCUCUACUCUGCGACAAUGCCCUUCAGACAAUCAAACUAGGCAGUCCGACAACUGGCCGACCUGCCGACCGCGACCAGCUGUCGGACUGCAACGCAACUCCUCCUCAGCCUCGAGUCCGCCAUUGCCGUCCUCAUUCCGACGCCGGUCUCCAAUCGUCUCGGCGAUGACAACCCUCGAAACCUCUAGCUCUAGACACGGCCCCAGACCGGGCUCCCUAUCCACCCGAAGCAAAGCCUCCGGAGGCUCCAGGACAGCCCGACAGCCGGUGCGACGGGUAGCCACCAGAACGGCCUCGGAUCGAAUACAAAAGCCUGUAUGCCUUGAGGCCGGAGGCUGCCAAGUGGUAGUGGGAGGCAAUUCCGAGCCCCAGUUGUCGGUCUGUUUUGAGCAACAGCACAACUGGCCGAUCCGAGACUCGUUGAACUCGCCUAACCAGUCUUGGAAUCACUUCCGUCCGCCGGACAAUAAGACUCACCAAAGCAGACUCAGCCAGACUCAGCAAAACGGGAUCGGGAAGCGAGAUCAUUCGCAUUGGCGCUCAGUUGAUAGGCAGAAUAUGCACUGUCAGACAUCACUUGACAAUCACGUACCUUCAAGGCUUACUCGGAGUCAUACAGGUCCCGAAUUCAGACGCGACGGUCUCAGUCAGCCCUGCGAACCGGCCAGUCCGUACAGUGCCAAGGCUGGAUCAAACAGAGCUCCGCCUCGUGCAAGCCUUCCCGUCCCCUCUUCGCUUAAAACUGGUUCCGUCACUUUGACGGAAACGCCGAUGCCUCCAAACCAGACGAGCUCACUUUCCUGCGCCGAACGGCUUCGUGUGUUCACGGUCCAGGGCUUCUAUCGCUUCCUGCUCUCGUCUUGGUACAGCCUGCUCGUGCGUCGCCUGAUUUCAGGCGCCGGCGCUUUGCAGUCGCCUCCUUCCAUCGUCCCAUCAGCCUCGUCUGUAGCGCCGAAUCUGUCGACACCAGGGUGGCAGACGUCCUGGAGAGACGUCGAGGGCGCGUCAACUGGCAGUCUGAGACAGCCGAUUUCGCACUACUUCAUAGCUUCAGCGCGAAUUAUGCCUCAAGUUGAGCCUGCCGCCCUGCAGGCGGCUAAAGACACAGUCAGUCCUGCGCUUGGACCAGCCACCAUCGUCCAUCGUGUCCUCUCGACGCGACUGACUCGCAGUGUUCGUCGAGCCCUGCUAGCCGGUUGUCGGUGA